AUGACAGACUGCUGCCUGAUGGGUGCACUGGGCCUCAUCCUGCUCUUCAGCCUGGCCUCGAGCCAGAAGAUGGACCCCUCCAAACACCCCAUAGUCACCACCAACUAUGGCAAGCUCCGAGGCAUCAAGAAGGACUUGAACAAUGAGAUUCUAGGCCCCGUGGAGCAGUACCUGGGUGUGCCCUACGCCACAGCACCCAUCGGCGACCGCCGCUUUCAGCCGCCCGAAGCCCCGGGAUCCUGGCAGGAGAUCCGCAACGCCACGCAGUUCGCCCCCGUGUGCCCUCAGAACGUCCACGGGGUGCUGCCAGAGAUAAUGCUGCCCGUGUGGUUCACAGACAACCUGGAUGUGGCGGCGGGUUACAUCCAGAACCAGAGCGAGGACUGCCUCUACCUCAAUGUCUACGUGCCCACGGAGGAUGGUGAUAAUAAGAAGAAGCCUGUCAUGCUGUUUAUUCAUGGAGGCUCCUACAUGGAAGGCACCGGGAACAUGUUUGAUGCUAGCGUUCUUGCUGCGUACGGCAACGUGAUUGUGGUGACCAUGAACUACCGGCUCGGCGUACUCGGCUUCCUCAGUACUGGUGAUCAGUCCGCUAAGGGAAACUACGGCCUGCUGGACCAGAUCCAGGCCCUGCGUUGGCUCAAUGAGAACAUCGGCCACUUCGGCGGAGACCCAGAGAGGAUCACCAUCUUCGGCUCCGGAGCCGGGGCGUCCUGCGUCAACCUCCUCAUCCUCUCACACCACUCGGAGGGUCUGUUUCACAGGGCCAUAGCCCAAAGUGGAACGGCCAUCUCUAGCUGGUCCGUCAACUACCAGCCCCUAAAGUACACCAAGAUCCUGGCCCGGAAGGUGGGCUGCACCUACACGGAGACGGCCGACCUGGUUGACUGCCUGAGACGCAAGAACUUCAGGGAGCUGGUGGACCAGGACAUCCAGCCAGCCCGCUACCACAUUGCCUUUGGCCCUGUGGUGGAUGGCGAUGUCGUGCCCGAUGAUCCGGAGAUCCUCAUGCAGCAGGGGGAGUUCCUCAACUAUGACAUCCUAAUAGGAGUGAAUCAGGGAGAGGGGCUGAAGUUUGUAGAUGACAGUGAGGACAACGAUGGCAUCUCAGCCGCGGCAUUCGACUACACCAUCUCCAACUUUGUCGAUAACCUCUACGGAUACCCUGAAGGCAAAGACAUCCUGAGGGAGACCAUCAAGUUCAUGUACACCGACUGGGCAGACAGGGACAACGGCGACAUGCGGAGGAAGACCCUGUUAGCUCUGUUUACCGACCACCAGUGGGUGGCGCCAGCAGUGGCCACUGCCAAACUCCACGCUGAGUUUCAGUCCCCAGUUUACUUUUACACGUUCUACCACCACUGCCAGACCGAGACGCGACCCGAGUGGGCCGACGCCGCCCACGGAGAUGAGAUACCGUACGUGUUUGGUGUGCCCAUGAUCGGUGCCACAGAUCUGUUCCCGUGCAACUUCUCGAAGAACGAUGUGAUGCUGAGCGCCGUGGUCAUGACUUACUGGACCAACUUUGCCAAAACUGGGGACCCCAACCUGCCAGUCCCUCAGGACACCAAGUUCAUCCACACCAAGCCCAACCGCUUCGAAGAGGUCAUCUGGACCAAGUUCAACUCGAAGGACAAGCAGUACCUCCACAUCGGCUUAAAGCCUCGUGUUAGAGACAACUACAGAGCCAACAAGGUGGCCUUCUGGCUGGAGUUAGUCCCCCACCUCCACAGUCUGCAUGAGGUGCUCUUCCCCACCACUACACGCUCACCGCCAGGCCCUCGCCCGGGCACCUACGGGCCCUGGCCCAGAACACCGGGCCCCCGCACCACUCGUCACCCCUACCCUACAUUCCCGUCUGACCCGGAGCCUGAGGGUUCGGAGCGUCCCCACCAGGACCUCUUCCCCGGAGACACCCGGGACUAUUCCACUGAGCUGAGUGUGACAGUCGCUGUGGGGGCGUCGCUGCUCUUCCUCAACAUCCUGGCCUUUGCCGCCCUUUACUACAAGCGUGACAAGCGGCAUGAGAUGCGGCGCCACAGGCUGUCUCCUCAGCGGGGCGGCCCUGCCAAUGACCUGGCUCACAGUCAGGAGGAGGAGAUCAUGUCUCUUCAGAUGAAGCACUCAGAGCACGACGCUCACCACGACAUGGAGCCGCUGCGGCCCCACGACAUCCUCCGGCCCGCCUGCCCGCCUGACUACACGCUGGCGCUACGCCGCGCCCCCGACGACGUGCCACUGAUGACACCUAACACCAUCACCAUGAUCCCCAGUACCAUCACCAGCAUGCAGCCUCUUCAUGCCUUUAACACCUUCCCCUCCACUGGCCACAACAACACCCUGCCCCACCCCCAUUCCACAACCAGAGUAUAGUAGGGACUGCCCUGACACAGCGCCACAUAAGGACCAGGAAGACUGGCUGUGCCACUGAUCUAGAGGGGAGGCCUCUGGAUGUGGGCCUUUGUUCUGUUCUCUUAUUCUCUUGUUUCUCCAAAAGCAACUCCACCUCCUCCAUCAUGUGCUGUCAAACGUAGCAGCUCCCUCCACUGGUGGUGUGUGGAGAAGCAACUGAACUGCAAGGCAGCAGAUGAUCAGCUCUGGGGGUGAUUUAGAUCUUUUAAAGAUACUGUUUUCAAAGAAAGUCUGCCGUUUCCAGACUAAAGCCCUCUGACGUUUGUCAAAGGGACAAGAUGCUUUUACUUUGGUGUCAUCUCUUUUUUCUCUCACUGGUGUAUUAUGUGCAUAUAUCGUUCUCUUUUCUACAUCUGUGUCUUAUCCCCUGCUUUGUUCCCCUUAUUCAACAUGUGAUUCUCUCCCUCUCCCCAGUGCUCCUUCGCUCUAAGGAAUCAUAAACUACUGAGCUGUAGGAGGGGGCAUAGAGUACAUACAGUAAGCAUAUAGCUAUGAAAACACUGAUAUCCGAUACUUUCAUUCUACCAGCAUUCUUGGUGCCAAGUAUGUACUACUGUGUUUGCUUUCUCAUCGAGGGAAAAAAAACUAAAGAAAAUUCUAGAGUAUUCCUAUUUACUGUCAACUAACAGAUGCUGUGUGUUUUCAUGACAAAGUGCCAAACUGGCCCUCGAUUGUGUUUUUUUUUUCUUUCUUUCAUGUUCUGUUUCUUUUUUUUCAAGCAUUUGUUUAAUCGUUGUUUUUGUGGAAAGAAUUUUUGCUGAAAAUAUAGAUAUAGAGAAAUGAUAUUAUAUAUAGUUAUAUAUAAAUGUGUACAAAGGAGAAAGUAUAUAAAUGGGUUUUCUCAGUGGGGAUCUAUGCAUGAAUUAUUUUUAAAGAUGAUGACGGGGGGAAAGGACACUGUAUCUGUCAAUGCACGUUUCCCAAAUCUACUCAAAUCAUAUCGGUCCACUUUGGAUAUUGGUCUUUGUUUAACCUCACAGAAUAAGAGCAUCACAGGAAAUCCUGAAGUAAGUCAACAAAAUCCACCUCUUCACCUCCCAACCCGACACUCGUUUAUUAAAAAGGAGUCAUCGACCACAAAUCUCAGAAGAUGUUACGGUCAGAGCAACAACUGUGAACGCACUCCUCCAUUCAUUCUCUUCCUUCAUGAUGUCAUUUAGAGGGA